GUGGAGUUUAUUUCUUUUCCCCCGUUGUGAUGGUCGCAAUUUUGAAAUAUGCUGGCUUAAUAAAGAAAACAGAUGCUGGAGAAAUACUGCUGUUAUUUUACGAUUAUAGCAUUUGUGGUUUUUUUUCCAAGCAGUCGAUUCAAGGGUUGAGAUUAAUUAUUUUGAAAUUCCGGAUUUAACUGGAUUUGAUUAGGAUGAGACUAAUUAGUUGUUUAUUGAUAUGUGUUUUCAGUUUUGCGUUAAGCAGUUUGGCAGCAUCAACAUAUGCUGAGGAUAAAGAGGACCCACCAUUAUCUCAUAUAGUUACAUUUGAUAUUCAACAAGGAGACGAAUAUUUUGGAAAGUUGCAGUUGGGAUUAUUUGGGUCAAUUGUACCAAAAUCCGUUCGAAAUUUUGUUGAAUUAAGUAAAAAUUCAGCAGGAUCUGGGUAUAAUCAUACAAUCUUUCAUCGAGUUAUAAAAGAUUUUAUGGUGCAAGGGGGAGACUUUGAGUUUUUCAACGGACGAGGAGGAUAUUCGAUAUAUGGGAAUACUAAAUUUGACGAUGAAAAUUUUUUUGUUGGUUUCAAGAAGGCAGGAUAUUUGGCGUAUGCUAAUAGUGGGCCUAAUUCCAAUGGAUCACAAUUUUUCAUAACCACGAAUAUUGAUGAGUGGUUAACAGGGAAGCAUGUUAUAAUUGGGAGAGUGUUGAAUAAGGAGAGUUUAAAAAUCUUGGAUAGGAUUCAAAAUGUUGAAACAGAUAGUAAUGAUAAGCCAUUGACGAAUGUCAGUAUCGUUGAUUGUACAGUUACUAAUUUGAUUGUAUCGGAGAAGUCUACAAGUGAGUAUUUGGAGAAAAUUCGACCCAAGCCUAUUAAUCAAACAUCGACGGUUUUAUUUUUUUUAAUUUUUUUCACAGUAGGAACAGUUGUAGCGAUUAAAUAUCGAAAUUACUAUUAUAAGAAUCAAUUAAAAAGAGAUUUAUUAUAUGAGGAUUAGAUAAGGAUAAAAGAUGAAGGAAGUUAUUAAUUUAUUAGUUUUAAAUAAAUAAAUAUAUAGGUAAAUCCAUAAACAAAAGAAAAUAAACAAGUAAAUAAGUAAAAACUGAACAAAGUAAAUAACAAAAAAUGAUAAAGAGAUAUAGAUAAAAAGAUAUAGAUAAAAACAAUUAGAAAAUUAAUUGGAAAUUAGAUUAUAACCUGAAAGAUAUUAAUGAAAAAGAAUAAACAUUAGAGUAAAAAGAGUAAAAACCAAUUAGAAAAGAUAUAUAGAUAUCUGCUUU